AUGUCUUCGACAGCUGUCCCAGACGCAGGCUCUAGCGGCGGAGGCGGCGGAGGCGGCGAUGACAACACUGAGCUCAUCAUCGCAGUUGUUGCUCUCGUGAUCUCCGUCUUGGCCUUUGUCAUCGCCAUCCUCCAAGCUCUACAGCAAUAUCUUGCUACCGCUACCGGCUUCUCGUCUUGUGGUGAAGCUGUCAUAGGCAAGUGGUCCCAAUUUGCUCGGCGACAAAUGGUUUGGUCUGAGUUUCGCUUCGAGGUCCAAUUUGAAACCCCAGUCAUCUUCGUCGCUAGGCCGAGUAACACCAGAGGCCCCCUGGGUGAUGAUGCACUUGCCAAGGAUGAAAGCAGAAAAAUAGUUCGGCUAGAUGGCAGCAACGCAAACUUCAAAUACACCGAUACUGUCAAGGAAUAUGAUGACAAUUACAAAAAGAGCACACAGCAAGUUGUCCAUACAGCUGAUAACGAGAAAGCCACUUGGUGCGCCCUUCUCAUGGCGAUCGUUCGAAUGGAAAAGGAAUCCCGUGAAUGGCAGGGCAAGAAAUCAGGGGAGUGGCGCAAGGCAACUGGUCCUCGUCCACCACUUGAUAGCCCAGUACCUUUGCAGGAGCCCGGUGCUCACCACUCACUGCUUGUCUGUAUGCAGAGAAAAAGGCGUACAUGGGAUAGCAUGCCAAAAGACUUUGCAAAGCCUUAUGCCACCACCACAAUAUCUCACAUCGUGGAGAUUGCUGCCAUGCUCGGUAUCCAUUGGAGACAGUUCGACCUGAACAAUGACCAGUACCGCGCCCAGGGCAACGGCUUUGUACUUUAUGGCUCAUACACAGACGGUCUUGGUAUUUGCUUUAAUUUCCAGAAACAAGGGCCAACAUGGUUUGAGAAGAAUCGCAUUAUUCCCAGUUACAACGUCAAACAGCUGUGCUUUGGUAUGGCUUCAACAAUUUUCUCCAAGGAGCGCAAGGUGUAUGCGGAUGAAGCUAAGGGCGUCGAAAGUCUUCAAUUGGGAAGUCUCGCUGAAAUAGCCAAGACAUUGGUUGUUUUUGGUUGUGAUAUCAACACAGUCAACUACUUUCGCAAAAACACUGAUCAAGCUCGUCACAGUCACCUCUUUGCUGGUAAGUCGAUCUAG